AAGCAGCGCAGCUGUUGGUUGUUGCCGUCGUCGUCUUCAACUGGCCAUCCCCUUGUCUUUGACCAGAGGACCCGUGGAAGCAGAAUCAAGGAGGUGGAGCGCCAUGGCGGGCUCCGAUCCCCCCCUCGCGCGUCCAGAGGUUGCGAUCUGAAUUGACCGCUCAUCUGAAUUCCAAAACGCAGCACACCUGCUGUAGUGAACAAGCCAAGAAUGGGAUGCAUCCAGUAGCCACUGCUGCUAACAAGCAGAGGUUGGGAUUGGAUGGUUGCUACUUGCUAACUGAUCUUUUGGGAAAACUUGGGUUGCAGGAUUAGCCAUCGUGAUCAUGGGAGUCAGCGGCUGCGGCAAAUCAACCGUCGCGGCACUGCUUGCUGAAGCCCUGGGUUGCAGCUUCAUCGAAGCAGACGACUACCAUUCCCAGGAAAACAAAGCGAAGAUGAGCAAGGGCAUCCCGCUCUCCGACGCCGACCGCACGCCAUGGCUGGAAUCCCUCCAAGACGCCAUCCGGGAGCGACUCGACGGCGGUGAGAACGUGGCCGUCAGUUGCUCGGCGCUGCGGCUCAAGUACAGGGAGGUCAUCCGGGCGGCUGACCGGAGCUACAAGCCGGGGGACUACGCCACCUGCAGGGUGAAGUUCGUGUGCCUGAGGACGUCGGCAGAGGUGAUCACCGAGAGGAUGCAGAGGAGGUCAAGCGAAGGGAAACACUUCAUGCCGGCGAGUUUGCUGCAAAGCCAGCUCGACCUGCUCAAGAUCGACGCGGCGGAGGGGAUCACCGAGGUCGAUGCGACGGUGCGUGCCGGCAACAUUGUCCGCGACACCGUUGCUCAGUUCAGGGAGGAGCUGGCAUCCACAGUUCCUCCUUGCUUCUGAAAACGACGAAAUUUCAUUCCGUGGAGAAGGGAGAUCAUUGAUCCCUUACUUGUUACUUCACAUUCAGUAUCUCACUAUCAUAUAGAACAUCUGCAUUUGCAAACAAGCUCGUUCAACA